AUGGCCGCGUCCGGGGAAGUCUUCGUCUCCGACUUGCUAGAAAUCAGCGCGGAGCAACUCAAGUUGAGAGGGUGGGCACUCAGAACUAUUCUACAGCUAUGAAGUACGCGUGGGCUAACGCGUGGAAAGCGUGAUCAAACUGAAGGAUCCCGAGAACUUGACCGACGAGCACAUGAAAAGACUGCAGUACGCGUAGUGCAUGAUUCAAAUGUUCCGUACGUGCUAAUUUAGUCCGACAGGCUAUUAGCAAACGGACUGGAUGAUUCUCGCGUCCUAGACCUCGAAGCGGUCAAUCAGAAGCUGUGGUAAGGCUCAGAGUGUGUCAUGUCCCUCCUGUAAGGCGCUACCAUACUUACACGCUUGCACUGCCUUAGCGAUCUCGCCCACAUCGUUCCGACAACAGGAAAGUCUAGACUCAGUCAAAGCCCAACGCCAGAGGCAGAUGAUCCAGUCACUGCAGAAGAGUACCGCUUGCAGAGUCUCAACGAGGAGCACAGGGCUUAUCAUAGCCUCCUGCAAGCCGGCGGACGACCGUCUCACCGCCCCCACGACGACGGAUUUGACUAUCUAAACGAGCCUCAGACAGGUAUCAUAUGGUACUGGAUCACUACAUGUCCGUUCAGAGAAUGUAUCUUCCAAGAGCAGCGAGCACACUGGGAGAAGUUUCGCGAGCAUCAAGAUUUCAGACGGGCGAGAUUUUGGAAACCGAGGUGGUUCGGGGAGUUCGCGCGGCAUGUCGCGCUAUAUCGUCAGCAGAAGGGCUUCGAAGGCCAGAUCGACUUGCUUCUGGAUCGCAAGCAGCAGAGCCAGCAGCAAGAUUGGGCGGAAUUCCAGUACUGGGAGCACAAGAAGGCUGACCGUCUCGUGCAAAGAAGGGAGCUUGACGCUGAUGGCAUAGAGCGGCAAGAGAAGACGCUACAAAUCGCGAUCAACGCAGGCGAGCCUGCAGAAAAGAUUGAAGCAAUUCGAAAUCACCUUGAAAUUCUAAGAGGCCGACACAGUGGUGCCGAAAGGGACUUGCAAAGACAAACCGUCCUCUUGAAUUGGAUCGAUGGGCAGCUGCCCAUGAUCGCCUCCGAGUGUCAAGGAUCGCUGUCAGUCACCAACAGCACGAAGGACUACCAUUCUCCAUCAAAUAGCGCAAGCUCCGGAAAGAGGAAAAGGUCGACAGAGCAGACUGGUGAUGUCGACUACAGCGACCGAAGAGGUAUCAUUGCAUAG